AUGGUAAAUGAACUUAAAGAAUUAUCAAAAAAUGGAUUAAUAACUGAUUUUGGUAAGAAACGUGUGGUUGUUAGUGGCUUUUGCUGUGAUGCACCGGCUAGGAGCUUCAUAUUGAAGACUAAGGGUCACACCGGAUUUUUUUCUUGUUCGAGGUGUACAAUCGAGGGUGUAUAUUUGGAAAACAGGGUAUGCUUUCCAUCUGGAAAUAGUUUUUACAAAAGAACACAUUCCAAUUUUUUGAAUCGCUCAAACAAUGAGUAUCACCUAACUGAUUCAGUUUCAUUAAUUACUGAAAUACCUCAUUUAGAUAUAAUUUUUAAUUUUCCAUUAGAUUACAUGCAUCUUGUGUGCUUGGGAGUUAUGAAAAAACUGAUUUUAUUGUGGUUGGGCAGUAUAAAAAAAGCACCUUUGUCAGUUCGUUUAGAGACUAUAAAAGGACUAACUAUUUCCAAUAAUCUUUUACUGCUUAAACCAUUUAUUACUUCAGAUUUUUCAAGACUUCCAAGGGGUCUAAAUGAAGUACCUAGAUGGAAGGCCACAGAGUAUAGAUUAUUUCUUUUGUACUCUGGGCCUAUAGUGUUGCAAGGUAUGCUUAACGAAGACUGUUAUUCCCAUUUUAUAUGUUUACAUAUAUGCUUUAGAAUUCUAUUAACAUCUAACGUUGAAAGUGAGCUGAUACAUUUUUGUGAAAAAUUGUUGAUAUAUUUUGUUGAUAAAUUUGGGAAAUUAUACGGGAAACACUUCAUAUCGCACAAUGUUCAUGGGUUGUUGCAUAUUGUAGAUGAUUAUGCACAAUAUGGUGCUCUUGACAAUUGCUCUUGUUUUCCUUUUGAAAACUUUUUACAGUUUUUAAAAAAAAUGGUUCGGAAAUUUGAAAAACCUCUAGAGCAGGUUAUAAAGCGUUACAACGAAUAUUUGACAUUUUCUGAAUUUAAAGAUUCUACUUGCAAAAAAGACAUAGACUUUAGAAAGCCACACAAUGAAGGGCCAAUUAUUGAUCAAUGUACUGGGUCUCAGUUUAAAUGUAUUAUAAUAGAUGAUUUUAAAAUUGAUACACAGUCCAUUGCUAAUUGCUAUGUUGGUUUUACUAAAGAAAACCAACUUCAUAUUUGUAAAGUUGAGAACAUUUAUAGGAAUGACCACGAAAAUGUGUUAAUUGUUAAGCUUUUUAAUAAUGUUGAGCCUUUUUUUACUAAACCAAUUAAUAGCAUUAAGUUACAGAUAGCCAAUUGUUAA